AUGGCCGACGAUACGAGGCAAGCGCAAAGCACACCCAGCGACGAGUCGCCACAACAAGGUGACCGUCCCAGAAGACGACCGAAACAUGACUUUCCGCAAACACAGGCUGGCAAGAUGUGGGAAGCUUUUGGCAACCCCAAAGAUCCAGUCAAUACGCUGCCGGGAGGGACAUUCAAUUCUGCAGGCGGGAAGCCUGCUGAGCCGAGGUGGUGGGACGCAUUAAGAUUCGACCAGUUCAAUAAAGAGGGACGGCCGUCGUGGUACCAGACGGGCUGUGCUCGAGAUUCUCUAAUGGUAGGCAUCGGAGCAGGAGGCCUUGCAUCGAUGCUUGCGACCACGAACUGGGCCGUUGGAGGCUUUUGUGUUACGUCCUCACUCAUGUACUAUUGGUGCGAGCAGCGGAGGUUGGAGGAAGCCAAAGGCAUGGCCGCGGCCGUUGCCGGAAUGAAGAUGCUCAAUGAGAAAAGAGCCAAAGAGAAGGCUGCGGCCGCAGAGGCGGCCAUCAAAGCGGAAGAGGUGCAGAAGAAGUCCAAAUGGUGGUGA